UCUCUUUGAAAUUAGUGUAGCAGCAGUCAAGAAGAUCAGCAGGCAACGAUCGAGCCAUGGCUUUCCUCUUCCACAAAUUUCAAGAGGGAGUGAAAAUUCUUGCUAAAAGCCCCACUUUUGCUAGAGAAUCGAGGCUUCUUCAGUUCGAAGCUGACAUAAAUCUACUGCUCCUUUACACCAGUUACAACCGUUUAGGAAGGAAUGCCGAAGAAGCUGAUGCAGAGGAGAUUAUUGAUAUGGCUAACAAAGCCUCCUUAGAUGAUCAACAGAGGCAAGUUCAUGAGAAUGUGCAUUCUCAGGUUACAAACUUUUGCAGCUAUAUGGAUGAGAUAUUACUCCUGGAUCAAAAGGUCAAAGACAAUCAGGCCACGUCACCAGCAACACCACAUUCUCCUCCUCGUAGUAGUGGCCUUGGUCUUGCUGUUGGUGGGAAUUCUCUAGCACAAGACCGCAUUGCUGUACCUGAAACCAAGACAUUGCACCGCACAGAGGUUUCACAGAGGUUAAAGGAUCUUAUGGGCUACACUCUUGAGGUCAAACCAUCUCAAAUUCCCCAUGAGGAUGCUGGAAAGGGUUUAUUCUUACAAGGUGAAGCCAAUAUUGGUUCUGUCAUAGCAUUCUAUCCUGGAGUAGUCUACCCUCCAGCAUAUUACCGCUACAUUCUUGGGUACCCUAGAGUUGAUGCCCAAAAUUCACAUCUGAUCACACGGUAUGAUGGGACUAUGAUCAAUGCCCAGCCCUGGGGUGCUGGUGGUGAAUCUCGUGAAAUAUGGGAUUGGACCAGUUCUCCUGAACCUAAGCACACUAUGCAAGCUGAUGAGAAAGGUUCUGACCUAGAUGGAACACACGUUGGAGGCAACCUUGAAGUGUUGGAAAGGAGAAACCCUCUAGCCUUUGCUCAUUUCGCCAACCACCCAACCAAAGGCAUGUUCCCCAAUGUAAUGAUAUACCCUUAUGAUUUUCCCCUCCUUGAGAAGGACAUGAGACCCUAUAUACCUAAUGUUUCAUUUGGAAACGGUGAAGAAACAGACACGAGUAAAUUUGGCAGCUUUAGGUUGAAAACGUGGAAGUCCAACAACAAUGAAUCAAAAGUCCCCGUUCUGAAGACACUUGUUCUUGUGGCUACUAGAGCAAUUUGUGAUGAAGAGGUUCUACUGAACUACAGACUGAGCAAUUCAGAGCACAUACCAUCGUGGUAUACUCCAGUAGAUGAAGAGGAUUAAGGGCAUUGGAGCUAAGAUCAUUAUGAUGAUGGAUGCAUAUAUAAGGUGUUGAACAACCAUUUAAGCAAACACGUUUAUACGAUCACCAGUCAUUGCUCAAGGCCAGCACAGAAUGCCGCAUUGAUUUUGGCCAUGAUAUCUGGUUCUCUUUCAUUUCUCAACAGUUAUAUGAAUUACUUAACUAGAAAACGUUGUGCUGAGCUCUAGAAAUAGUUAAACUUUGCUCAGACGACGAAUGGUAAUGUUUUCAUUGAGUAACUAAAUAAGGCAGGAAAGGAAUCCACCUUAACUGAAAGGAUGAACUCAAGACUUAAAAUCAAAAUCCUGCUUUUUUGUGCUUUGUUAUUCAGUUACUGCACUUUUUGUGAUUGAUUAUUCGAUUAAGAGUCGGCAAUUGUAC